UGUAACAGAAGUUGCUGGUUACUUAGUCUGGUGGUGCCUUAUUUAACAAUGGGCUCUAGAUACUGCUUAAGAAUUCUUUUUGCCUUGUUUCCUGCUUGUGUAACCUGUUUGGGGAAUUAUGAAGGGAGCAUGCCAACUGCUAAUGUGCAAAGAGUUUCAACUCGUAUUUUCCCAGUGAUUGUCCCUGAGGUGAAACAAAUGGGAAGUCGGAAUGACCCUGCCUACAGUUCUGUUCACCUGCCCCACCAUCAAGGUGCCCAUGGAAGUUACAAUUAUCAUAAAGGGAGAUUAGUUGCAGGCUCAAAUAUAAGAUCUGAUUCAAAAGAUUGUCAGACUCCAGCUAAAAGUGACAAUCAAGAAAAUAUGAUUAACUUUAAGCCUUCUGCUUCUGUUCCAAAAUAUGACUGGUCAGGUUUUGGACAACCCUCUGUUCAAUAUGGCUCUCGUACAGCUACUGAUGCCUUCAAAAAUGUCCAGCCUAGUGGCCGACUUGCUUCUACUUCAUAUCAGGGUGGGUCCACCUUAAUGAAAACACUAAAAGUACCUGAACCUAAGCCCUUAAAACCCUCUAGAGGUGAAUCUAGUUAUACUAGAACAUCUGGAUCUAGCAGGAUCUUUGUAGUGAAUGCUCAUAAAAAUGCAUUUGGCCAUGAGUUCAACUCUGAAGUUACUAGAGACCCAAAUCAUGGAUUAACUUCUAGCUCAAGUCAGAUGUCCCCUCAGCAUAGUUCAUCUAAGGGGAGACAAAGUACUAACAAAGUCCAGACAGCCAGUAGCAGUUAUGGCCCAUUGCUGAAGGGAACACCUGUGUAUUCAAGUAUAAAUCCAAGAAAACUCUCUAGUAGUGGAAUUCAGUACAGUGAGCUCGAGUCUUCAGUUGUUAGCUCGGGGCCAGUCUUUGUAGUUCAGAGUGGAGGAAGUGCUCAAGGUCGUGGGCGCCUAGAUUCUGUUCCCAGUCAUGUUGACCCCUAUCAGUCCAGUCAGACCUCUAGAGAUUUGACUGCCAGUAGUCAGGGCAAGUCAUGGAAUGAACCUCUUCACUACUCAAUGAGUGGUACUCCAUACAGUCCCAGUCCUGCGCUAAGAAAACCUUCCAAAAAUGACUGCAGAGACAACGUUGAUAAAUCUCCAAUUACCAGCUCUGGUGAGGUGGUUCUCAGUCCCCCAGAAAGUGCUCAUAGAAACAAGUUACCACCUCACUAUGAAGCUACUCUCCCCAAAUUCCAACAGACCUACAAUUUCCAUGCUCAGCCUAGUCAAAACUAUAAGCCCAUGUACCCCUCUCAAAGUCGAGCUCAACAUAAUGUGUCAAAGUCCUCAAUUGCCAGUUCUGGAGCUAUCAGGAUAAUGCAGGGUCCUACAAAUGUUCAAAGUACACCAGAAUCCAAAAAACCCAAAGUUCAUCCUAGCUUUUCCUUCUCUUCUGUGAAGGGGACCUCAUACAAACCAAAUUCUAGGCCCUCAAAACCUUCUAGAAGUGAAUUAGGAUUCAGUGCCACUAACCCCAAUAUUGCUGGAGCUAAUAAGAUCAAUACAGUCCGUGUUCGGCUUAAUAAACCACCCACAAGCAGCUUUGGUAAUUUUCAGAACCAACGGGCUUCUGGUGGCAUUAGCAGUGGUGCUUUCCAAAGUUCCUUCCCUCCAUGUUCCAUGGGCCAGAGGCCAGGUCAAAAUGUACAUACGCCUAUUGGUUCUUCAGCUCCUCGAUAUCAUGGUUCCAAAGGAGUCCAGAGCCAAUUCACUGUAUCUCAAGGAAAUACAGAUUACACUAGGCAUAUCACUGCAAUUCCAAGUGAGUUUGACCAAGGUUCCAUCCGAAGGAUUCUUCCUAUACUUUCCAGCAACUACAGACAAGCUGAACAAAACCAGCCUCAAGUUAACAGGCUGGAAUCCACAGCUCCUAAAUGUGAGGUGACCCAAAAUAGCCCUGCAGGUCUUGGUCAAGAGGACCUAGUCAAAUUCCAGGAUGUGAACCUCUCCAUCUAGAAGCAGUUCUUUACGUCUGCCAUAAACCUUGAUUAGGUGUGUGUUGGGGAGGCUGUCAGUCAUCAGGCUCUGGUCUCUGCAAGGACUAUAGGAUGCUCUGACUGAUCCAGUGCGUUGCUGUUCAGUGAUCAUAGAAACUGUGGACACAGGAAACUGUCUUGGCAAUUUAUGACUCUUGAUUCACCACCUUUUCGAAGACUGUACAUUUUCAUAUUAAUAAAGACUUUAAACCC